UUGUUAAAUAGUCAUGAAAGAAAGUGCACUCCAUGCAUAUUAAAAGUGAGAAAGAAACACAUCGAAAGCUAAUAAUUUAUUAAACUAAAAAAUAUUUCCAAGGAGGGAAUAAAAGUUAUAAAAGAAUCAAAGUUGUUCGAUUUCUAUCAGUAGAUGCAGUGUGUGUUUACCGUAAAAAAGCAAUCUGAAGUAAUUAAGUGAAUUGUACCAUUUCAUAACGGUCUGCCACAGUGAAUGCUUGAAAUGUAUAAAAAUUAGUCUAUUUUAUUGCAAUUAACCACCAUUUCAUCAUCACCACUCGAGUCAAGUGGUCAUUUUUCUGUGAAUCUAGAAAUUGUUCGGUAAUUUUUGCAUCGAAUUUUCACGCUAAAUUCAUUUCGAAAAAUGUGCGACGACGACGUUUCCGCCUUGGUCAUCGACAACGGCUCGGGAAUGUGCAAAGCAGGCUUUGCAGGAGACGACGCCCCUCGAGCCGUGUUCGCGAGUGUGGUUGGACGUCCCCGAUACCAGGGUGUGAUGGUCGGGAUGGGCCAGAAGGAUUCCUACGUGGGUGACGAGGCCCAAACCAAAAGGGGCGUUUUAACCGUCAAGUACCCCAUCGAACACGGAAUUGUGAGUAAUUGGGACGAUAUGGAGAAAAUCUGGCACCACACUUUUUACAACGAGUUGAGGGUGUCUCCCGAGGAUCAUCCCGUUCUCCUGACCGAAGCCCCCCUCAACCCGAAAAUAAACAGGGAGAAGAUGACCCAAAUCAUGUUUGAGACGUUUGGGUGUCCCGCUAUGUAUGUGGCGAUUCAGGCGGUGUUGUCGCUGUAUGCGAGUGGGAGGACCACGGGGAUUGUCAUGGACUCGGGGGAUGGGGUCUCGCACACGGUGCCCAUCUAUGAAGGAUAUGCCAUCCCGCACGCAAUCCUCCGCAUGGACCUCGCAGGUCGCGACCUCACCGACUACCUGAUGAAAAUCCUAACCGAGCGCGGUUACAGUUUUACCACCACAGCAGAACGCGAAAUAAUCCGCGAUUUGAAGGAAAAAAUCUGUUUCGUAGCUUUGGACUUUGACCGAGAUCUUGCAUUGGCAAGGACUAUGAACAAUUUUGAGAAAAGUUACGAACUUCCAGAUGGGCAAAUCAUCACGAUAGGAAAUGAACGUUUCCGGUGCCCGGAAGCCAUGUUCCAGCCGACUUUCCUCGGAAUGGAAACUACCGGAAUUCAUGAAACCACCUACAAUUCCAUUAUGAGAUCCGAUAUGGACAUUAGGAAGGAUUUGUACGCUAAUAUUGUACUCUCUGGGGGUAGUACAAUGUUUCUAGGGAUGGCCGAUAGAAUUCAGAAGGAAAUUGCUGCACUCGCACCGGCUUCAAUGAAAAUUAAAAUUAUUGCACCCCCAGAGAGGAAAUACUCGGUUUGGAUUGGGGGAAGCAUCCUUGCGAGUUUAACGACGUUUCAACAAAUGUGGAUCUCGAAAGAUGAAUAUGAUGAGUGCGGACCUGUCAUCGUGCAUCGAAAGUGCUUCUAAUGUUUAAAUUAUGAGAUUUACAUUUUUAAUAAAAAAAACGUUCAAAUUGUC